CAAGUGCAGUUUCAUGUGUGUAAGUAAGUAGCGCGCGAUCAGAUGCCUUUGGUUAAGUUCUAGACAUGGUCUACCUUAACAUUCUCAAAAUCACGAACAUUAAACCUUUUCAAACAACAAGGUUUUUCAACACAACCUCUUCUAUAUUAAAUCUCUGCACAAAACCACAAUACCUUCAACAAAUCCAUGCUAGAUUCUUCCUCCAUGGUCUCCAUCAAAACUCUUCUCUUUCCUCCAAACUCAUUGAUUCUUAUUCCAACUUUGGACUCCUUCAUUUUUCACACAAAAUCUUCUCUUUUACUGAAAACCCUGAUUCAAUUAUCUACAAUGCAUUCCUUAGAAAUUUGUUUAUGUUUGGUGAAUAUGAAAAAACCCUUUUUUUGUAUAAAGAAAUGGUUCAGAAAUCUAUGUGCCCUGAUGAAGAUUGUUGCUUUUCUGUUUUGAAAUCUUUGUUUUAUGUGUUUCAUGAAAAAGGGUUGAUAAUGAUGGCUCAUGGGCAUGUGGUGAAAUUGGGUAUGGAUGCAUUUGAUUUGGUGGGAAACACUUUGAUUGAAUUGUAUGGUUUUUUGAAUGGGAAUGGAUUGGUUGAAAGAAAAUCUGUAACAAAGUUGAAUUUUUGGAAUAAUUUGAUUUAUGAGGCUUAUGAAAGUGGGAAAAUUGUGGAAAGUUUUGAAUUGUUUUGUAGGAUGAGAAAUGAGAAUGUACAACCUAAUUCAGUUACUCUGAUUAAUUUGUUAAGGGCUACUGUUGAAUCAAACUCGUUGAAGAUUGGGAAAGUUCUUCAUUCUUUGGUUGUUGCGAGUAAUUUGUGUAAGGAACUAACUGUGAAUACUGCAUUGUUGUCAAUGUAUGCUAAGUUGGAUAGUUUAAAAGAUGCAAGGUUGAUGUUUGAGAAAAUGCCUGAGAAGGAUGUUGUAGUUUGGAAUAUAAUGAUUUCAGUGUAUUCUGGGAGUGGUUGCCCUAAGGAAUCGUUAGAACUUGUGUAUUGUAUGGUUAGGUCGGGGAUUAGACCUGAUAUGUUCACGGCAAUCCCCGCUAUUUCAUCGAUCACGAAGUUAAAGUCUAUCGAGUGGGGGAAGCAAUUGCAUGCUCAAGUGAUAAGAAACGGUUCAGAUUAUCAGGUUUCGGUUCAUAAUUCUCUCGUCGACAUGUAUUCCACGUGUGCAGACUUGAAUUCGGCUCGGAAGAUUUUCGGUUUGAUAAAGGACAGGACGGUGGUUUCAUGGAGUGCAAUGAUAAAAGGGUAUGCAAUGCAUGACAAUUGUCUCGAGGCUCUUUCUCUGUUCAUAGAAAUGAAGUUAAGUGGUACUAAAGUUGAUCUUGUAAUAGUCAUUAACAUAUUGCCUGCGUUUGCAAAGAUAGGGGCAUUGCAUUAUGUAGGAUACUUACAUGGAUACUCAUUGAAAACCAAUCUCGAUUCACUCAAAUCACUUAAGACAUCACUUCUUAAUAGCUAUGCGAAAUGUGGUUGUAUAGAGAUGGCAAGAAAGCUUUUCAAUGAAGAGAAAAGCAGCCUUAAAGAUAUAGUUGCAUGGAACUCUAUGAUCACUGCAUAUUCUAACCAUGGGGAAUGGUUUCAAUGUUUUGAGUUGUACAACCAAAUAAAACUAUCAAUUGUUAAACCAGAUCAUGUAACAUUUCUCGGGAUGCUAACAGCUUGUGUUAAUUCAGGCCUUGUGGACAAAGGCAAGGAAAUUUUCAAGGAGAUGGUGGACAUUUAUGGUUUCCAACCUAGUAAGGAACACAAUGCAUGUAUGGUUGAUCUAUUAGGACGCGCAGGAAAAAUCGAUGAAGCAAGAAAAAUAAUAGAAACUAAUCAAUUAAAUUCAGAUGCGAGGGUUUAUGGCCCCUUGUUGAGUGCAUGUAAGAUGCAUGGUUUAGAAACCGAUUUCGCAGAACUUGCUGCUGAGAAGCUCAUAAAAAUGGAACCUGAAAAUCCUGCAAACUAUGUGUUGCUAUCCAAUAUAUUUGCUGCAGCAGGAAAAUGGGACAAAUUUGCUAAAAUGAGGAGUUUUCUUAGAGAUAGAGGACUAAAGAAAACACCAGGUUGUAGCUGGGUAGUGUUGGAUGGACAAUUUCAUGAGUUUCGUGUUGCAGAUCAUUCUCAUCCAAGAUCAGAAGACAUAUAUUCAGUUUUGAAAGUACUAGAGUUGGAAGCUGGCAUGGAGGAUGAUGAUCUUGAAUUCUUUUUUGACCCGUCUACUAUUUUGGCGAUGUGAAUUGCAUAUCAAUCACAACUUUAAGAGCUGAUAAUUGAUAAGCCAAAUUCACCAGACACCGUAACGUUUAUUGUGAUGCCUUUGCUACCGGAGUCUACUGCACAGAACCCUGCUUAUGUCUGGAGUGCUUAAAUAAACCUAUUAAUGACGAUACAGUUCUGCAAACUCGCAGGAAGAUCGAGUCUUGCAAUUCACACGUAUUUUUUCCUAAAGUCAUAAGAAGUUCUGUUUAUUUCCUGUUCAAUGUGGCGGUUGCUACGGUGGUUUUAUCAACCACCACGACCUUUUGGAGCCUGAGGUGUUUCAAAUUGCACCGACGACGGUUUCCUUAAACCAAGAUUCCUGCUAGUUCCGAUGACGAUGAAGUUGCUGGAGAUAAUUCACUGGAGUCUGAAGAAGAUGCUUCUUCUGAAGAGGGUGACGAUGAUGAAUAGGUAUAGCUCUUCUUUUACUAUGUUUUUUCAACUUAUUAGUUGUGUUGCUCUUUUAUCCUCUAGGAUUUAUGCUUUUUUGGUGCAGAUUUGAUUAUGCAUGUUUUGCUAUCAAGACUUUGAGAUGAAUUUGAAGUUGAAUUUUUUUUACUUGGCUUGAAAACUCUGAAAAUGUGCACGCUGAAGUGAGAGAGUGAGAGAAUGUGUAUGUGUGUGUAAACAAAGUGGUUACGACUUGCUUUGGUUGGCUUCAGGGAGGUGAUAAUGAUUGUCCUGAAAUAAGGAAAUGUGAGAUGGCUAUAUUAAGAGAAAUGCAGAAAAGUAAGAAGCAGAAAAUUCAAGAAAUAUUGGAUGCCGAAGAUGCUUCCGUCGAAGCUAACAGGGUGAGUUUAGUUAUGAUUACACUUCUAACCUAUUUUUUCAAUCUAGGUCUUGCUGACGAGUUCCCAAGACAUUGAUUAAGGAGUCAAUAGGAAGAAAGUUUGUCUUAAAAAUACAAGUUAAACAUUUGACAACGUAAUAACCAUUUGAAGGAAAUAAUUGACUUCAUCCGUUGUUUUAUUCAGCAGCAACACUUUCUUGAGAGUUUUCACAUUUUCAGAGUUUUAGCAGAACUUUGCAUCACCAAUUUUGUACAUUCAUCCUUGAUUUUAUUUUACUUUUGUCGCUGAUAAAUAUGUAGAGGGAAAAACUUAUUGUCGAGCCAGGAUUUGCAUGACUAAUCAGGACACGAUAAAUCAUGUCCCUCCAAAACAAAGUGUAAAGUUUCAAAUCAGGUAUUUGAGCUCUUUUUGGUUCAAGUCUUUUAAGUGUUAUUGUAUAUGCUUGUUUCUUUGAAUGUUUAGUUAUUGGCCUCAAGCUGAUACAUUAGGGGUACUAUUUGUUAAGAAUUGAAAUUAGAAUCUAUGAAUAAUGUUCCAAUAUUUACUAUUUGUUAUUGCAGCUCUAAGGCCUGAUGUAUUUUACUGGGAUAAGCCUGUGGUUUUUACUUAUGAACAGGUUUUUCACUCAACCAACGGUUUCUCUGAUUCAAAUCUUCUUGGACAUGGAACGUAUGUUUCUAAUUAUUGUGAACUUUCUUUCUUGAGCAGGUUUGUGGUUGUAUACAAAAAUCUGUUAUAAGCAAAAAGUAUACGCUAAGUAUUAAUCUCAUACUGUUUUGGGUAAUAUUUAAAUUCUUAUGGGAAGUUAUAAUUAAAAGAAUGACAGCUGCUAAAACUAAAGAGUUUAUGUCAGAGAUUAAAUUUCUGUGCAAGGUUCAUCAUACAAAUCUGGUAAUUUCUUUUGUUGUUCAAAAUAAAUCACAUGCUUUAGUUUUACAGAAAAUUCCUUACGACAUUUAUAAGUUUAAUUUGUCAAGGUAGAAUUGGUCGGCUACGCGGCUAAUCAUGAUGAUCCUUUCCUUAUUUAUGGCUCAAAAGGGUCCACUCAGCAGCCAUGUGUAUGAUCCUCAAAAGAAGGGUUUGCUACUAUGCUCAAGUGUUUUUUUUUACAGGAAAAUUAAGAAUAAUCUAUGACUAAGAUCAUUUUCUUGUCUUGCUUGCAGGUCAUUCAACACUUACUUGGACCACAAGGGUUCAGAUUGUGGUCCAAGUAAGUGGUUGCGAAGUUAAUAUGAAUAGGUUACGUAGGAAUAAUUAUAUUAGUGUUAUCUCAUUAUUAGGCCUAGCUUCGAUUAUUACCAUAUGUUCUGAUAGAGACAUAGAUUAAAUCAUUGUUGUGAUUUUUGUAAUUGUUGCUAUUGAAUAAGAUGAUAUUUGUAUGUUUGGUAUUCGUGACAGUUUUUUGUGUUGAAACAGGGUGCUGAUUUGGUUUUUCCGGUUGGUGUUAUGAUGAAAGACCUUGCAGGAUAGCAGAUGGAAUUUCGUAGGUUUUCAUGAUAGUUGUCUUGAAGUUACAUCUGAUAGAGAUUAUAAUUAACCUUUGAAGUUGGAUUGGGAAGAUGGUCUAGAAUUAUGGGUUGCUUAACAUCUUAAUCCAUUGUAAUUUCCUUACUUAUAUUGUAAUAUUUAUGCAUGUCAUCUAAUGUAUAUCCUGAGUUUGUUGUCGUUGUGGUAUAAUAUAAUGAAAAUCGGUUGUAACUA